AAGAAAAUUUAUAAAUGUGACAAUAUGCAAUUAAAGUCUUCCACCUUAUUUUUCCUAUUGUGUUCCUCGAUAAACAAUAGCAAAAGCAAAAAGGCGGACAAUAUUUUUUAUUUUUAUCAAAACAAUACUUUCGAAUUUCGAUAGCAGCAAAAACCCAAUUCGCCCACCUCUCGAAAAUCACCAAAUUUCAAACCCAAAAAGUAUCCCUUUCAAAAGUUAAAAUCAAAACUAAUAUGUCCGAUAACAUACCACCUUUCGAAAUCCAAGUGGAAAUCAUCAAAAGGAUUCCCGAUGUGAAAACAUUGAUUCAAUUCAGAUCCGUUUCCAAACUAUGGAAGUCUCUCAUCGACAGCCCCGAGUUUAUCGCAGAUUACCAGACUCGUCAUCGUAAUCAUCGUCUGCUUGUAAGGUGCGUUGGUUUCUCCAGAAAAUAUGAAUUGAUUGUGGACGAUGAUGUUUUCCCACAACACAAGAUUCCUGUUACUGUUCCAAUGUUUGUUAAAUCACUGUUACCAAGACACGACAUAAGUAUGACUACAUCUCAAGGGUUGGUCUGCUGUUACAAUACUCAUGAAAACCAAAGUGAUUCCGGAACAAAGAAUGUGCUUUUAUGGAAUCCUGCCAUAAGAAAAUCGGUUCUAUCGUUGUGCCUAAUGUUUUUCUAUGAUUUUAGAUAUAAAACUAAUAUUGGUUUUGGGGUCUCUCCUCACACCAAUGACCCUAUGCUUGUCAAGAUUAAUAAUAAUAAUAUUGAUAUGUCGAUUUCCCUUUUUAUGAGUUGCAUCCCCUGGCAUGUUGAGGUUUUUACAUUAAGCACAGGGGUAUGGAGAAGUUUGCGUACUAACCUGCCUCGGAAAUCUAUUGACCUUUCAUGGCAUCAUGUAGUUAUAGAUGAGUUUAUUUAUUGGAUUGGCAUCGAUUGGUGUGAUAUUAUCGAUAAACGGGUGCUUAGUAUGAUUAUUUCAUUUGAUAUGAGAAGUGAGGAAUUUACAGAAAUAUUCUUACCGGAUUAUUUAGCACGCUUCUACUAUGAUUGUUUGAACAUAUCUAAGCUAAGGGAGUCUCUUGUUGUUCUUGAAACCAAUGACCAGGUGGAGAAACUUGAACAUGUCGUAUGGAUAAUGGAUCAUGGUGUUCCAAAUUCAUUUACAAAGCUAUUCACUAUUAAGGCACCAGAUGCAUCAAUAAAAAGGGUUUUUGGAUUUUGGAACAGUGGUGAACCCAUAGUUGAGAGGAUCCUUAUGUAUGGGCCCAUUAAUGACCGGUUCGUAAAUUCUGUUUAUGACCCCUGCUCACAACGCUUCUACGAUAUUCCGAUUCCUGAAAAAGGAUGUUUAGACUCUGUGAGUUCCUACUCCGAGACACUACUAUUGCUAGAUCAUCGAGAUAAUGGCAAACUUUCAAAGCAUACAGUUACGGACACAUUACUGACUUUCGGAGCAGGAAGGCAAGGCGUGGAGAUUUAGGUGCAUUCAUAGUAUUAACUAUUAAGCUGCUGUUGCAUUAUCCUUUACAUGAAGAUUGCAAUAACUUUUUAUUACAUAUAUUUAGGUUGAUAACAUUCAUGUUUUGUUAUGUUACUGAUUGGAUUGUUGCAACAUUAAGUAUGUGUAUGAGUACCUAAAUUUCAUUAGUUGUCAAUAAAAACUUGAA